AUGUCGAGACCAAAAGUCUUCGUCUUGAACGCCUACCACCCAGAGGCCAUCAAGCUGCUCAACGAGUCAGACGUGGAUGUUGUGCUACCUGGAGGAGAUGCUUCAUGGCACCAAGAGGCAGAUGGACUUCUGAUCCGCUCGGAGACUCGCAUCACGGAGAACGAUCUUGCACUGGCUAGAAAGCUCAAGGUCAUCGUCAAGCUCGGCAGUGGGGUUGACAACAUCGACCUGAAGGCCGCCAAAAACCAUGGCGUAGCGGUUUGCAAUACCGCAGCUAUCAACAGCGAGGCUGUGGCAGAACUUACCAUGACACUGGCCUUGUGUGUCAGUCGUCGGGUUGUCGAGAUGGACCGGAUGCUGCUUCGCGGGAGGAAGCUUGUGCGUUCCAGUCUGCUGGGCCAGUCUCUCCAUCGCAAGGUCGUUGGCAUCGUCGGAAUGGGCAACAUCGGCCGAGCUGUGGCGAAGAAGUGGAUUGGGGCCAUGGAGGGCAGCAUCGUCGCAUAUGACCCCUUCGUGCCUAACGGAGCGUGGGAAGAUAUUCAUUACCGUCGAGUGGUUGAUCUGGACGAGCUGCUCCGCGCGUCGGACGUCCUGACCUUGCAUGUCCCAUUGACGGAUGUCAGCCGCGGUCUGAUCGGCAAGCGCGAAUUGGGGCUGAUGAGGAGGCAUGCAAUUCUCGUCAAUUGCGCACGGGGCGGCAUUGUCGAUGAGGAGGCGUUGCUGGACGCACUCGAGGCCAAACAGAUCUUCGGCGCUGCCUUGGAUGCUCCAGUGACUGAUCCGCCUACAGUCAAAGCAUACAACCAGCUUCUGGCCGUCGACAAUUGCAUCAUCACACCUCACGUCGGGGGAUCGACGGAAGAGAAUCAAGCUGCUAGUGGAAAGUUGGCAGUAGAGCAGAUUUUGGCAGUGUUGAACGGAGAACAAGUGGAUAAUCGUGUCGUGUAG